CUCACAUGCUCAAAGCGCCAGCUCACCUCAGCGGACUAUCUUUGGAGGUCGUUGGUUGGAGACACCAUACCCGUGGACGGAGACGUCUUGCAAGAUUUCGGCUUUAAUAAUUACUUCCCCUGGUGGCUCAAAAAUCUACACCGUCUGCAGGGGCCUACAACCAAAGAAGAAGUAGAGGGAAGUCUGGCACAGACUUUCUUUGACAAAGCAAAACUGUACCUUGAUCCUCGGGACCGCAAUAUGCACCCAAGUGAGCUGAAACCCGAGGCUAAACGGGAUAGCUUCCUCUUGUUAUCACACAUCUUGUAUCGCUUUACUCCAAACCCGAGUGCAAUGCUGUACCACACCUUCGCCUUUGUAACCUGCCGCAACAGCGCCGAGGAAAGUCAGCUGGUAGACAAAUACCUUCUCCUGCUUGUCCCCAGCGAUGGCAGUUUCUUCUACACAUUCCACAACGAGCGGCGCAGUCUCACGCACACAGCUUCGUUCGCUGCAUUCUGGAAAGUCUACGAAGCCGGGACACUACUUCUACUCAUAGACUCCCAUGACCUCCAGAAUUUGCGCACCCGUUUACCUCAUCUCGAAUCAUUCCUCUCCGUCCCGCCGUCGGGUCCGCAUCCAUCCGUUUGGGCUCUUAAAACAAUUCCUCGAGAACACGGAUCUAACAACGCAUCCGCCUAUCCCGGCAAUCAUUUGCGACUACGGCUUUAG